CUUCCUGUUCCAAGAGUUUGUCUUCCAGAAAGAUGGUGAUUCAAGCUCGGUAAAUGACCACCUGCGCUUAAUUUUUGAUGGAUCCCAGAGACAAACAAGUUCUUCGCUCCCUGCGCCUGGAGCUGGGUGCGGAACUUCUGGUAGAAGGCCUUAUCAUUCAGUAUCUUUACCAAGAAGGGAUUCUAACAGAGAACCACAUACAAGAAAUAAGAUCCCAAGUCACCAACCACAGGAAGACUAUGAUGCUUCUUGACAUUCUGCCUACAAGAGGGCCUAAGGCAUUUGAGACCUUUCUAGAGUCUUUACAAGAGUUUCCAUGGGUGAGAGACAAACUUGAGGCAAAGCGUAACGAAGUUAUUCUAGCUGGGCCUUCAGGGGAUGAAACACCUGGAAUUUCGCAACGCCUUUUGAAGAAUCUACCAACUGAUCAGCAGUUGAGCAAACUUGCUAGAAGACUUGGGCCUGAAUGGGAACACAUUGUAUUGCAUUUAGGCUUGACACACAAUGACAUUUACUGUUGUAAAGCCAAUCAUCCAUACAAUGUCCAGUCACAGAUUGUGAGUGCGUUUAUUUCAUGGAGACAACGUUUUGGGGACAGAGCUACUAUUGAAAGUCUAUAUGCUGCUUUGAAAGUGGGAGAAGUUGACUCUUCUGUGAUCCAAGAGAUGAUUCAGUGACCUUGGAUCCCAUCAAGGUUCUACAUUCCGAUUUCCAGCAUGAAAUUAGUAAUGAAAAUAAAUCCAGCAAAUUCAUGGAACCGUUUAUCAGGUUAAAAUGGUGGGGGGCAACCAGAUGUCCUUCAGUUUCUUAAAAAUUUGAAUAUUCAGUUCCCUAUGCUUGCAGUACUGUAGAUACACAGGAGUAAGUUCUGCUGUGACCAGAAGGAGAGUUUUUCCAAUGGUGAUGCCUGAUUUAUAAAAUGCUGUCUUCAGUGAUGUGUUGCUAUUACUCUCUUUUCAG